UUUGGACAUUUUUCGAUAUUUUUAAUCAAUAAAUAAUACAAAAAAUAAUAUACAUUUCGUAAAUUGUUAAUAAACUCUACAGUGAAGAACAACAGUGGCUUGUUAAAAUGAUAUUUUCCAAGCAAAAUACUAUUAUUUUUUCAUUUAUUGUAAUAUUUUCUUUAGUGCAAUUUAGAAAUUGUGAAGAUCCUGACUCUAAAGUACUUGUAGACUCUGUAAGCAAUGGUGGCUCAAACAAACAGGAACCUGCUAAUACAGCGCAACCUACACAGAUAAAUAUUGAAACAACAUCAAAUUCAAUCCAACAACCAUCAGCAACACCAAAUAAAAAAAACUUAUUUUGUAAAUUUAUUCGUACGCCCUUUAAUGCAUGUAAGAUGGUUUUUGAAGACACAAUCAAAUCAAUUCGGAAUAAUUUAUUAAAAGUCAAGAACAAUAUUAUUUCUAUGUAUAGACCACCGGUCACAACUGUCAACAACGUUGUUGGUUGAUUUGAUUGAAAUUAUCCGUGUUAUCAUGUUAUUUGUUAUCAUUUAAAUAUCUAAUAACAUAAAAAAAAACAGAAAAUA